UAUGAUGCACGAUUAAUUAGCAAAUAUAAAUCUACUUGAGUAAGAACUUCCGGCGCGCACUCUUCCGUUUUGAUCUUGCGCAAACUUCGAACAUUCUAUUCUUUGUUAUCACAAGUAAUCAUGAUGAGUAAUUCCAAAUCCAAAGAGCAGGAGAGUAAAUCACUAGCUGUAAUAUUCAGGUACGCUGAUUGGAUUGAUGUUUUGUUAAUGGUGCUGGGUACUAUUGGAGCAGUAGGUGAUGGCAUGUCAACCAACUGGUUACUAGUUUUUGCUAGUCGUCUCAUGAAUAGCUUAGGGUAUGGUAAGACAACGCAAAAUAAUGGAAAUUUCAUGACUGAAGUUGAAAAGGUCAGUUUGCACUUUGUUUAUUUGGGAUUAGCAGUUUUGGUGGUAUGUUUUAUGGAAGGAUAUUGUUGGAGCAGAACAAGUGAACGGCAAGUUCUUCGGAUUCGGUAUAAGUAUCUAGAAUCGAUUCUUAGACAAGAAGUUGGAUUUUUCGAUUCACAAGAAGCAACCACUUCAGAGAUUAUUAACAGCAUUUCAAAAGAUACUUCUCUCACUCAAGAAGUUCUUAGUGAAAAGGUGCCACUAUUCUUGAUGCAUACAUCGGCAUUUAUCUCUGGACUUGCAUUCUCAAUGUACUUCUCGUGGAGACUUGCCUUGUUAGCCUUUCCCUUAAUAAUCCUUCUCAUUAUUCCUGGAAUCAUAUAUGGGAAAUACCUUCUUCAUCUUUCUAAGAAAUCACACAAAGAAUACAGUAAAGCAAACAUGAUUGUAGAGCAAGCUUUAAGCUCAAUCAAAACAGUCUAUUCGUUCACGGCUGAAAAGAGGAUUGUUGAGAGAUAUUCAAUGAUUCUUGAUAAAACAGUGAAGCUUGGUAUGAAACAAGGUAUUGCAAAAGGUCUAGCUGUAGGCAGUACUGGUCUUUCGUUUACGAUAUGGGCUUUUCUUGCCUGGUAUGGUAGUCAUCUGGUAAUGUGCAAAGGGGAGAGUGGAGGAAACAUUUACGCUGCAGGAAUCACUUUUGUCUUGAGCGGAUUAUCUCUUGGGGUGGCGCUUCCUGAUCUUAAGUAUUUCACAGAAGCUUCAAUUGCUGCAACUAGAAUUUUCAAGAGGAUCGACCGGGUUCCUAUAAUUGACGGAGAGGAUAUGAAGGGUAUGGUAUUAGAUCAAGUGCAUGGAGAAAUUGAGUUCGAGCACGUGGAGUUCACAUACCCGUCCCGGCCGGAUUCAAUUGUUCUCAGAGAUUUCAAUCUUAAGGUUCAGGCAGGCCAAACAGUUGCACUCGUGGGGGCAAGCGGGUGUGGGAAGUCAACUGCAAUUGCAUUGUUACAAAGAUUUUAUGAUUCCGAUUCCGGAGUAAUAAAGAUUGAUGGCGCAGAUAUAAAAAAGCUACAACUGAAAUGCAUAAGGGGGAAAAUGGGUCUUGUUAGUCAAGACCACGCAUUGUUCGGAACAUCGAUAAAGGAGAACAUCAUGUUUGGGAAACCAGAUGCAACCAUGGAUGAGAUUAUAGCUGCAACAAUGGCAGCUAAUGCUCAUAACUUCAUAAGGCAGUUACCAGAAGGAUAUGAAACUAAGGUUGGUGAACGUGGAGCUCUUUUAUCCGGUGGGCAAAAGCAACGAAUCGCCAUUGCUAGAGCCAUUAUCAAGAACCCCUCAAUUCUUCUCCUAGAUGAAGCAACUAGUGCCUUAGACUCAGAAUCUGAAGCACUAGUCCAAAAUGCCCUCGAUCAAGCCUCCAUGGGCAGAACAACAUUGGUUGUUGCACACAAACUUUCAACUGUAAAAAAUGCAGACCAAAUUGCAGUUGUCAGCGGAGGUUGUAUCAUCGAAAACGGUUCUCACAGUGAUCUCAUUAGUAAGAAAAAUGGGCAUUAUGCAAAACUAGCAAAAUUACAAAGGCAAUUUAGUGUGGAUGAUCACGAGAUGGCGGUAUCCGAGUUUGGUUCUUCACUUACUAGAAGUAGUGCAAACCGCUUAAGCUUAACAAGAUCAAGUCCUGCUUCUUCCUGGUUCGCAUCUCCAUUAGCCUUUGACAACACAUCCAUCGUACCCUCUUAUCCUCCUCCAUCUUUUCAGCGGCUUUUAUCUAUGAAUUCUCCUGAAUGGAAACAAGGCCUAGUUGGCAGUCUCUCAGCGGUUGUUUUUGGAGCAGUGCAACCAGUAUAUGCGUUAACAAUUGGUGGUAUGAUUGCUGCAUUCUUUAUUCAAAACCACGACGAGAUGAAAGCUCGUAUACGUACGUAUACAUUAAUCUUCUCCUCCCUCACUGUCGUCUCCAUCAUUGUAAACCUCAUCCAACACUAUAAUUUUGCGUAUAUGGGUGAACGCUUAACCAGAAGAAUAAGAUUGAGAAUGUUAGAGAAGAUCCUCACCUUUGAAGCUGCAUGGUUCGACCAAGAGCAAAACUCAAGCGGGGUACUGUCUUCUCGUCUAAGCAAUGAAGCUUCAUUAGUUAAAUCACUAGUGGCCGAUCGGGUUUCUCUGUUACUCCAAACUUCUUCAGCUGUCAUUAUAGCCAUGAUUAUGGGUCUAGUCGUAGCUUGGAAGCUCGCAUUAGUCAUGAUUGCAGUUCAACCAUUAACAAUAUUGUGCUUUUACACUCGCAAAGUUCUACUCUCGAGUAUUUCCACGAAUUUCGUCAAGGCACAGCAUCAAAGUACUCAAAUUGCUGUUGAAGCUGUGUACAAUCACAGAGUUGUGACCUCCUUCGGGAGCGUUGGCAAAGUUCUCCAGAUAUUUGAUGAAGCUCAAGAAGAGCCAAGAAAAGAAGCGACAAAAAAAUCAUGGUUUGCAGGUAUAGGGAUGGGUUCUGCAUUAUGUCUUACUUAUAUGUCAUGGGCUUUGGAUUUUUGGUACGGUGGAAAGCUAGUUGAGUCAGGUCAGAUAUCUUCUGGAGAUGUUUUCAAGACCUUCUUCAUAUUGGUAAGCACCGGCAGGGUGAUUGCCGAAGCUGGGAGCAUGACGUCUGACUUAGCAAAGGGUGCGACUGCUGUUGCAUCAGUGUUCGAGGUGCUAGACCGGCAGUCCUUGAUUGAAGGACCUUGUCAGGAAAAUGAUAGUACGAACUCGUCAAAGUUGGAGAGGAUUUCUGGUGCAAUAGAGAUAAACAAAGUUGAUUUCGCAUACCCAAGUAGGCCUGAGUUUUUAGUGCUGCGUCAAUUUUCUUUGAAGGUGAAGGCAGGUACAAGUAUUGGUUUUGUAGGAAAAAGCGGGUGCGGUAAAUCCACGAUAAUAGGAAUGAUCUUAAGAUUUUACGAUGUCGAGAGAGGAGUGAUCAAGGUAGAUGGAGUUGACUUGAGAGAACUUAACCUAGCAUGGUACAGAGGACACACUGCACUGGUUAGUCAAGAACCUGGUAUCUAUUCAGGAACCAUACGCGAUAACAUUGUAUUUGGGAAGUUGGAGGCAUCUGAAGCUGAGGUGGUUGAGGCUGCUAAAGCUGCCAAUGCACACGACUUUAUCUCAACUCUGAAGAACGGCUAUGAAACUGAAUGUGGAGACAGAGGAGUGCAACUAUCAGGAGGGCAAAAACAGCGGAUAGCCAUAGCAAGAGCGAUCAUUCGAAACCCAACUAUUUUGUUACUUGAUGAAGCUACUAGUGCUCUUGAUGUACAGUCAGAACAGGUUGUGCAAGAAGUGCUAGACCGAAUAAUGGUAGGGAGGACAACCAUUAUAGUGGCGCAUCGGCUCAACACAGUCAAGAAACUUGAUUCCAUUGCCUUUGUUGGUGAUGGUAGGGUGGUCGAGCGGGGUACAUAUCAAGAGCUGAAGAGUAAGCGAGGAGCUUUCUUUAACCUAGCCAGUCUUCAAAAAUGAAAUGUGUAAAAAGAACCGGUAAUCUUACUUUAAAUUUAGUAAAAAAAGACGGGUAAAAAGGGCCCAACCGGGUUCGAACCGGUGACCUCUUGAUCUGCAGUCAAAUGCUCUACCACUGAGCUAUGGACCCUUGGUGGUUAUACUGUUACAGGUUUUUGCAUCUCUCCUCGUUAAUUUUAAAAAACGUUCUCUGAUGAUUCCUCCCUUGGACAA